GAAGGACCUGUGAGAGCGGUCAUGUGACAGGAAUAGGCGGGGCUUAGCAGGAUAGAAAAAUUAUGGAGAUAAAGGACCUGUGAGUAUGAUCACGUGUAAGGAAGCAGUGACUAAGGCUCCUCCUCUUCUCCUGAAUGACCCCCAAGGAUGGACAAGGAAAGGAAUGAGAUGACUAAGAGAAUAUUACACUUCACCCUGGAGAUCCUCCACCUGCUGACCGGAGAGGAUUACACCAUAGUGAAGAAGACAUGGGGGGAGUGUGUGGCCCCCAGCAGCCAUCUCCAUGAGUCAGGAGGACGGAGCAGGGCCCGGGGCCCCAUCACAGAGCCCCCACCUCACUCACUGAUACAUGAGAAGAAGAUCCUAGAACUCACCCACAGGAUCACUGAGCUGCUGACUAGAGAGGUUCCUAUAAGGUGUCAGGAUGUGGCGGUCUAUUUCUCCAUGGAGGAGUGGGAGUAUGUAGAAGGACACAAGGAUCUGUACCAGGACAUAGUCAUGAUGGAGGAUCACCGGCCCCUCGCAUCACAAGAUGGAGUCAUUGAUAGAAAUCCACCCGAGAGGUGUCCCCGCCCUCUGUAUUCCCAGGACUGUCCAGAAGGAAAUGUCCCAGAGAAGCAUCAGGGUGAAAACCUGAUCAAUGUUAAGGUUGAGGUUAAAGAUGAACCAGAAGAGGAGACGGAUUUGGGGGCCGAUCAGCAGUAUGGAGUCAUUGAUAGAAAUCCACCCGAGAGGUGUCCCCGCCCUCUGUAUUCCCAGGACUGUCCAGAGGGAAAUGUCCCAGAGAAGCAUCAGGGGGGAGAUCUGACUAAUAAUAAAGUGGAGGAUGAAGAAGAGAGGAUGAGGGGCCAUCACCCGUGUAUGAGGGAAGUGAAGGAGGAAAUUCCAGGAGGUGUUACCCCAGGAGAAGAUGGAGAGAACAUGGAGCGCUCCUCAGGAGAAGAUGUAGCGAUCAUGGAGCGCUCCUCGGGAGAAGAUGGAGAGAUCAUGGAGCGCUCCUCAGGAGAAGAUGGAGAGAUCAUGAAGCGCUCCUCAGGAGAAGACCUCCUUACCCCUAAUGUCCAUCCAGAUCUAUCCUAUAAUAAUCCCCCUGAUCAUGGGGAACCUUCUCCUCACCAACCACACAUUGUUACCACAAGGACAGAGAAGAGAGGGGGGGAAAGGAUUCAAUGUGAUGAAUGUGGGAAACAGUUUACAAGAAGAUCAGAUCUAUUUUCUCACAGAAGAAUUCACACAGGAGAGAAGCCGUAUUCAUGUUUAGAAUGUGGACAAUGUUUUAACCAUAAAUCAAAUCUUGUUAAACAUGGGAGAAUUCACACAGGAGAGAAGCCAUAUUCAUGCUCAGAAUGUGGGAAAUGCUUUAUAAGAAAAUCACAUCUUCUUACACAUGAGAGAGUUCACACAGGAGAGAAGCCGUAUUUAUGUUCAGAAUGUGGGAAAUGUUUUAGAGAUAUUCCCACUCGUAUUAGACAUGAGCGAAUUCACACAGGAGAGAAGCCAUAUUCAUGCUCAGAAUGUGGAAAAUGUUUUACACAAAAAUCCGAUCUUGUUGUACAUGAGAGAAUUCACACAGCAGAUAAGCUAUAUUCUUGCUUAGAAUGUGGGAUAUGUUUUACAGAUAAAUCGGCUCUUGUUAGACAUGAGAGAAGACACACAGGAGAAAAGCCAUAUUCAUGUUCAGAAUGUGGGAAAUGUUUUACACAAAAAUCUACUCUUAUUAUACAUGAGAGAAUUCACACAGGAGAGAAGCCGUAUUCAUGUUCAGCAUGUGGGAAAUCUUUUAAAAAAAAAUCUGAUCUUGUUAUACAUGAGCGAAUUCAUACAGGAGAGAAGCCAUAUUCAUGUGCAGAAUGUGGAAAAUGUUUUACAAAAAAAUCAGAUCUCGUUAUACAUGAGAGAAUUCACACCGGAGAGAAGCCGUAUUCAUGUUCAGAAUGUGGAAAAUGCUUUUUAAAUAAAUCAGGUCUUUAUAGACAUGAGAGAAUUCAUACAAGAGAGAAAUCUCGCCAGUCAAACCUCCCAAGAGGCUUCUCUCUGGCUAAAAUGCCAUCAAACACUCCCAUCGGACUUUCUACGUCUCCAUGUACACCCGUACUUGCUAACCUCGGGUAUUUAGCCAUUCAAGUAGGCAUACACCUGAUUGGUCCAAAUGCCAUCAAGCAACAGAACCAGAUUGGACAUUACUCCUGUGUAGUAUUUGUACGCCUCCCAAACACUUUAAUGGGCUAUGCAUUUUCAUUGGUCUUUUUGCCGUCUCGCCAUCUCCAUGAGUCAGGAGAAUGUAGCAGGGCCCGGGGCCCCAUCAUGAAGCCUCCACCUCACUCACUGAUACAUGAGAAGAAGAUCCUAGAACUCAUCCACAGGAUCACUGAGCUGCUGACUGGAGAGGUUCCUAUAAGGUGUCAGGAUGUGGCGGUCUAUUUCUCCAUGGAGGAGUGGGAGUAUGUAGAAGGACACAAGGAUCUGUACCAGGACAUAGUCAUGAUGGAGGAUCACCGGCCCCUCACAUCACAAGAUGGAGUCAUUGAUAGAAAUCCUCCCGAGAGGUGUCCCCGUCCUCUGUAUUCCCAGGACUUUCCAGAGGGAAAUGUCCCAGAGAAGCAUCAGGAUGAAAACCUGAUCAAUGUUAAGGUUGAGGUUAAAGAUGAACCAGAAGAGGAGACGGAUUUCGGGGCCGAUCAGCAGUAUGGAGUCAUUGAUAGAAAUCCACCCGAGAGGUGUCCCCGCCCUCUGUAUUCCCAGGACUGUCCAGAGGGAAAUGUCCCAGAGAAGCAUCAGGAGGAAGAUCUGAUAAUUAUUAAGGUGGAGGAUGAAGAAGAGAGGAUGAGGGACCAUCACCCGUGUAUGAGGGACGUGAUGGAGGAAAUUCCAGGAGGUGUUACCCCAGGAAAUCCCAGUAAGAAUUUUGAGGUAAACUUCAUGUUAUCCCUGAAUGAUAAAGGAGAAGAUGGAGAGAUCAUGGAGCGCCCCUCAGGAGAAGAUGGUGAGAUCAUGGAGCGCCCCUCAGGAGAAGAUGAAGAGAUCAUGGAGCGCCCCUCAGGAGAAGAUGGAGAGAUCAUGGGGCGCUCCUCAGGAGAAGAUGGAGGGAUCAUGGAGCGAUCCUCAGGAGAAGACCUCCUUACCCCUAAUGUCCAUCCAGAUCUAUCCUAUAAUAAUCCCCCUGAUCAUGGGGAACCUUCUCCUGCCCAACUACAUAUUAGUACAGAACCGGCAGCGGGGAAAGGUUUUCAUUGUGACGAAUGCGGAAGAUAUUUUACAAACAAAUUGGGUCUUAUUACACACAAAAAAAGUCACAAAAACAGGAAGUUGUAUGUGUGUACAGAAUGUGGGAAAUGUUUUGCAAAUCAAUCAAAACUUGUUAAACACGAUAGAAGUCACAUGAGAGAUAAGCCAUAUUCCUGUUCAGAAUGCGGAGCACGUUUUAAAGAUCAAUCAAUUCUUUAUAAACAUGAAAGAAGUCACAAAAGAAUAGAGACAAUAUAUUCAUGUUCUGAAUGUGGGAAAUGUUUUACCUAUAAGUCACAUCUUAUUAUACAUGAGAGAAGUCAUACAGGAGAGAAGAUAUAUUCAUGUGCAGAAUGUGGGAAGUGUUUUAUAAAACAAUCAAAUCUUGUUAUACAUGAGAGAAUUCACACAGGGGAGAAGCCGUAUUCAUGUGCAGAAUGUAAAAGAUGUUUUAGAAGAAAAAAAGAUCUUGUUGUACAUCAGAGAAUUCACACAGGGGAGAAGCCGUUUUCAUGUUCAGAAUGUGGGAAAUGUUUCAAAGACAAAUCCUACCUUGUUAAACAUGAGCGAAUUCACACGGGAGAGAAACCAUAUUUAUGCUCCGAGUGUGGCAAAUGUUUCACGUUUAAACAACUGCUUGUUAUCCAUAAGAGAGUGCACACAGGAGAGAAGCCGUAUUCAUGUUUACAAUGUGGGAAAUGUUUUACAGAUCAAUCCCAUCUUAUUAGACACGAAAGAACUCACACGACAGAGAAACCGUAUUCAUGUUCAGAAUGUGGGAAAUGCUUCACAGAGAAAUCAACUCUUGUUGUACACCAGAGAAGUCACACAGGGGAGAAGCCGUAUUCAUGUUCAGAAUGUGGGAAAUGUUUUACAAAGAAAUCAGAUGUGGUCAGACAUGAGAAAAGUCACACCAGAGAAGCCAUGUUGGUAAAUACCAUAGAGGGGAUGGGACAGAAGACUCCAACAGUGAGGGCAGAAGAGAUGGGACAGAAGACCCCAAGGGUGAGGGCAGAAGAGAUGGGACAGAAGACUCCACCGGUGAGGGCAGGAGGAGAUGGGACAGAAGACUCCAAUGCUGAGGGCAAAAGAGAUGGGAGAGAAGACCCCAAGGGUGAGGGCAGAAGAGGAGAUGGGACAGAAGACCCCAAGGGUGAGGGCAGAAGAGAUGGGACAGAAGACUCCACUGGUGAGGGCAGUAGAGAUGGGACAGAAGACUCCAUCGGUGAGGGCAGAAGAGAUGGCACAGAAGACUCCACUGGUGAGGGCAGAAGAGAUGGGACAGAGGACUCCACUGGUGUGGGCAGAAGAGAUGGGACAGAAGACUCCACCGGUGAGGUCAGAAGAGGAGAUGGGACAGAAGACCCCAACAGUGAGGGCAGGAGGAGAUGGGACAGAAGACCCCAAUGGUGGGGGCAGAAAAGGAUGGGACAGAAGACCCCAAUGCUGAGGGCAGAAGAGAUUCGACAGAAGACCCCAACGGUGAGGGCAGGAGGAGAUGGGACAGGAGACUCCAAUGGUGAGGGCAGAAGAGAUGGGACAGAAGACUCCACCGGUGAGGGCAGAAGAGAUGGGACAGAAGACUCCACUGAAGAGAUGGGACAGAAGACUCCACCGGUGAGGGCAGAAGAGAUGGGACAGAAGACUCCACUGGUGAGGGCAGGAGGAGAUGGGACAGAAGACUCCACUGGUGUGGGCAGAAGAGAUGGGACAGAAGACUCCACCGGUGAGGGCAGAAGAGGAGAUGGGACAGAAGACCACAACAGUGAGGGCAGGAGGAGAUGGGACAGAAGACCCCAAUGGUGGGGGCAGAAAAGGAUGGGACAGAAGACCCCAAUGCUGAGGGCAGAAGAGAUGGGACAGAAGACUCCACCGGUGAGGGCAGGAGGAGAUGGGACAGAAGACCCCGAUGGUGAGGGCAGAAGAGAUGGGACAGAAGACUCCACCGGUGAGGGCAGAAGAGAUGGGACAGAAGACUCCAAGGGUGAGGGCAGAAGAGAUGGGACAGAAGACUCCACCGGUGAGGGCAGAAGAGAUGGGACAGAAGACUCCAAGGGUGAGGGCAGAAGAGAUGGGACAGGAGACUCCAAGGGUGAGGGCAGAAGAGAUGGGACAGAAGACCCCAAUGGUGAGGGCAGAAGAGAUGGGACACAAGACCCCAACGGUGAGGGCAGGAGGAGAUGGGACAGAAGACCCCAAUGGAUGGAAAAGGAAAGGAAUGAGAUGACUAAGAGAAUAUUACACUUCACCUUGGAGAUCCUUCACCUGUUGACCGGAGAGGAUUACAUCAUAGUGAAGAAGACAUGGGGGGAGUGUGUGGCCCCCAGCAGCCAUCUCCAGGAGUCAGGAGGACGGAGCAGGGCCCGGGGCAACAUCACGGAGCCCCCACCUCACUCACUGAUACAUGAGGAGAAGAUCCUAGAACUCAUCCACAGGAUCACUGAGCUGCUGACUGGAGAGGUUCCUAUAAGGUGUCAGGAUGUGGCGGUCUAUUUCUCCAUGGAGGAGUGGGAGUAUGUAGAAGGACACAAGGAUCUGUACCAGGACAUAGUCAUGAUGGAGGAUCACCGGCCCCUCACAUCACAAAAUGGAGUCAUUGAUAGAAAUCCACCCGAGAGGUGUCCCCACCCUCUGUAUUCCCAGGACUGUCCAGAGGGAAAUGUCCCAGAGAAGCAUCAGGGGGGAGAUCUGACUAAUAAUAAAGUGGAGGAUGAAGAAGAGAGGAUGAGCGGCCAUCACCCGUGUAUGAGGGAAGUGAAGGAGGAAAUUCCAGGAGGUGUUACCCCAGGAAAUCCCAAUAAAAACCGCGAGGGAAACGUCAUGUUAUCUGUGAGUGAUAAAGGAGAAGAUGGAGAGAUCGUGGAGCGCUCCUCAGGACAAGAUGGAGAGAUCAUGGAGCGCUCCUCAGGACAAGAUGGAGAGAUCAUGGAGCGCUCCUCAGGAGAAGAUGGAGAGAUCAUGGAGCGCUCCUCAGGAGAAGAUGGAGAGAUCAUGGAGCGCUCCUCAGGAGAAGAUGGAGAGAUCAUGGAGCGCUCCUCAGGAGAAGAUGGAGAGAUCAUGGAGCGCUCCUCAGGAGAAGAUGGAGAGAUCAUGGAGCGCUCCUCAGGAGAAGACCUCCUUACCCCUAAUGUCUAUCCAGAUCUAUCAUAUAAUAAUCCCCCUGAUCAUAUGGAACCUUCUCCUGACCAACCACACAUUGUUAUCAUAGAGACAGAUCAGAACGGGGGGACAGGUUUUAACUGUGAUGAAUGUGGGAAAUAUUUCAGAAAAAGUUUAUUUCUGAUUAAACACAAAAAAGGGCAUGAAAGGAUGAAGCCAUAUCCGUGUUCUGAGUGUGGGAAAUGUUUUACAGAUAAACCAACUCUUGUUAGACAUGCAAGAAUUCACACAGGAGAGAAACCAUAUUCAUGUUCAGAAUGUGGGAAAUGUUUUACAGAUAGGUCACAUCUCAUUACACAUAGAAGAAUUCACACAGGAGAAAAUCCAUAUGUGUGUUCAGAAUGUGGGAAAUGCUGUAUAACGCAAUCACAUCUUGUUAUACAUGAGAGAAGUCACACAGGAGAGAGGCCAUAUUCCUGUUCAGAAUGUGGAAAAGGGUAUACACAAAAAUCACAUCUUGUUAUACAUGAGAGAAGUCACACGGGAGAGAAGCCAUAUCCAUGCUUAGAAUGUGGGAAAUGCUUUUCACAUAAAUCGCAUCUUGUUAGACAUGUGAGAACACACACAGGAGAGAUGCCAUUUUCAUGUUCAGAAUGUGGGAAAUGUUUUUCAGAUAGAUCAAACUGUGGUAAGCAUAGGAGAAUCCACACAGGUGUGAAACCUUAUUCAUGUUCAGAAUGUGGGAAAUGCUUUAUGGAAAAAGCAAAACUUGUUAAACAUGAGAGAAGACACAGGGGGGAUUAGUCAUAUUUGUGUUGAUAAUGUGGGAAAUGCUUUAUGAAAAAAAUCAAACCUUGUUAAACAUGAGAGAAUUCACACAGGAGAUUAGCCAUAUUUGUGUUCAGGAUGUGGUAAAUGCUGUGGUAAAAAAAAAAAAUUAGAUCCUGUUAGACAUGAGAGAAAUCUAACAGGAGGGAAGCUGAAUCAUUAAAUAUGAUGAUAGAUAUAUUUGGCUGUGUAAUACAGGGUGAUCCAAACAGGAUGGUGGAAAAGUAAAGGCCUGUAGAAAAAGAAUAUGCUGAUUGGUGCCCCGUUUCGGCCAGUGAUUGGCUCAGUGGGAAGGUCCUGGAGAAAGGAAGUGGUCCCGACUAAAAGGGUGUGACCACAGAACAGUAAAAAAAAAAAAAAAAAAACAUAGGGAAAAAUUUGUAAAUAUCAUGGAAAAUUACUCGUCGGGUAAAAAAAGACCCUCACAGAAAACUACACAAUUAUCACCAAUGUCAUCAGGGGAGAAACCUGUUGGUGAGAGUGAAUACAGAUUAUUAUUAUUGUCCUAAGAUAGGUACCGGGUAAGAAGCCGUAUUUGACAAGUUUCUGUAGCACCAGAACAUGUCCAAAUAAUCCUCAGAAUCUAAGAAUGAGCAACCAGUUUCUCCCCUGAAGAAGUAUUUACUAACAACAGAAACACGUUGGGAGCUGAGUGAAUUGAUUUGAGGCUGUAUGGUUGUGCGCCACGCAGGGACACCCAAUACGGCUUCUGUCUUUAUAAUCAUCAUAAGAAUCAUGACAACUAUUGUAUAUAUUGUAUCUGUCAGUGAUGAUUUCACAUUCUUGAUUUUUGAUUCCCAUUAAAAGUUACAUUUAUACUGUGUGGUAAAAUUUGGGAUUUUUUCAUUGAUUACUAAUAAAAUAUCUGAUCGUUACAUUAUAUAGACAAACACAAAGCAACUAAACUAAUGGCUCAGGAACUGUUGCACCAUUCAUGUGUUUUUCACUGGAGUGCCCCUUUAAGGGGUUAAUAAUAAAAAAUAAACU